AUGACCCUGACUGGCGGCUUUCGAAAGCUCGCCCAUGAUGUGUCGCCAUACCUGCUUCUCCUGAUUGCCAUCACCACGUUAGGCCCGUUCCAAUUCGGAUUCCACUUGGCCGAGCUCAACGCCCCGCAAGAUGUCAUCACCUGCAAGAAGAAGUCCAUCUCGACCCUCGCCCGCACGGCUCGUUUGGCCAUCAACCCCUCUACAUCCGCCGCCAUUUCCGACUGCAUCCCCAUGUCAGAUGCCACCUUCGCUACCAUCUCCUCAAUCUUCACCAUUGGUGGCUUGAUUGGCGCGCUCGCUGCUGGGCCCAUUACAUCGUCUCGCGGGCGUUGGCUGUCGAUCCAGAUCACCGCCGCUCUGUACGUACUCGGUGCCGCCAUCGAGACCCUCUCUCAGUCUCCCGUCGUCAUGGCUGCCGGGAGGCUAAUCUCAGGUGUUGGUGCCGGCGCCAGCACCGUCAUCGUCCCUCUUUACAUCUCCGAAGUGGCACCGCCUGCCGAGCGUGGCUUCUUCGGCGCUUUCACACAGAUCAGCUGCAACACUGGCAUUCUCACUGCACAGGCUCUAGGAUACUUCUUGAGCCACGGCUCGGCGUGGCGAUGGAUCCUGGGAAUCUGCGGCCUCAUCGCAGCUGCCCAGGGCGCCCUGACUUUCUUCAUCCCAGAGAGCCCCGCAUGGUCAGCUACGGCCAAGCGGGAUGUCGCAACCGCGAGACGAGUCCUGCAGCGCAUUCGGGGACCUGCGGUUAACAUAGACUCUGAGGUUGACGCUUGGGGGAUCGGAGACGACGUGUUCACUGGUGAUGCCGCUGCCGCUGAAGAGCAGGGGCUGUUGGCAUCCGAUUCUAACUCGCUCAUCCCUGCCGCACGGGACGAAAGCAAGGCUGGCAAGUCCCAUCUGAGUGUCUUCGGCGUCGUUCGGGAUCCGCUGUACCGCCCUGCUAUUAUCGCCGUCGUGGGGAUCAUGUUCGCCCAGCAACUUUGUGGCAUCAAUUCAAUUGUCAUGUACUCGGUUUCACUCCUGUCCGGCCUGCUUCCUCUGAGCUCGGUUGUCCUAACCAUCCUUGUAUCGGCCGUCAACCUUGUCAUGACAGCUGCCUGCUCACCGCUACCUGACAAGCUAGGACGCAAGACAUGCUUACUUAUAUCUAUCAUCGGACAAGGUUCCAGCUCCUUGGCCCUUGCCCUGUCCAUUGUUUUUGGGGUGAAGAUUCUAUCAGCUCUCUCUGUGCUCUUCUUCGUCGCCUUUUUUGCAGUCGGCCUGGGCCCGGUUCCGUUCAUUCUUGCCUCUGAGCUAGUUGGACAAGAGGCCGUCGGCGCGACGCAAUCAUGGUCCCUAGCUGCAAACUACUCAGCUACGUUCCUUGUGGCACAGUUUUUUCCUAUCAUCAACACAGCCAUGAAUGAACGAUUUGGUGGUGCAGGUUGGGUAUAUUUCCUAUUUGCCGCCUUUGCACUUAUCUUUACGCUCUUCAUUUCAUGGCGAGUACCGGAGACAAACGGGAAGAAAGAUGCCGAUGAAGUUUGGGGACGGACGCGACGUAUUGACUAA